GAAUGUAUAUCAACGUAACCGUGUUAUACUGUGGUAAUGACAAAUAAACUGUGGUAUUUCUUAUGCGCUGACAAGUUUGACAGCGAGCGGCCUGAUUGUAUGUAAACAAAGCACACAAUCACACAAGCAAGAAAGAGCUUGAAAAUAAUCACACGCAUAGCUUAGCGAGGGAUUCGAGAAGAUAAUAUUCACAGUAAACUGUUAGCAAGCAGAUGUAUUUCAUUUAGGAAGGCCUAAAUAUUAUAUUAAUUGACCGAUAUUUGCUGAAGUCGGCCGAUGCUGCUAGUGAAUAGGGUUUCAACAUACGGCGUUUCAAGUUAUAGUAUGUUUUAAGGCAGCGAGUGUGGACUCUUUCCAAGACGGAAACACUAUUUUACAUCGUACGGUACGGCAAGCUAGUAAAUAUAUGUGAAUAUAUUCGGACGCUGUGACAUAAAGCCAACAAAGACGGCCAAACAAUAUGGCACCGAAGAAUAAAAAAUGCUCUCUAUGCGGAACGAACGUGUCGUCGAAAUGGGUAACGCUCGAUAGAAGAGCGUUAUGUGACGAUUGCUAUGACCUUCAGUGCAAUCCACCGUUGGAACCGCUACAGGAAGCGUCGGAAUCAGAUGCGGCCGGUCCGAGCGGUCAUGCAUACAAGACGGAAACUUUCAUCUCCAGCGUAUCAGUAACGAGCAAUCCGGCCGAUGAUGCGGUGUUUGCGAAACCAGCAUUCAUACCCAAACCGAACAAGGUCGGCAAACGGGCCGAGACGCAACAGGUACGCAACGUGCUCAAGAAACCGAUCCGCAGCAAGCCAAGAAAGGUGGGCAUGAAGCUCAAAUUUACCGACGAGACAACGCGCCCGAAAUCGGUUCCAAAGCUGUUUCACAAUAACUUCUGGUAUGAGAUUGGUGAUAUUGUGUCGCUAAUCGAUAUGCAGGAAAACACAUACUACGCACAAAUUCGUGGCCUCGUUGCGGACGUGUUUAAUGAGAAAAGUGCCGUGCUGACGUGGUUGAUCCCGACAGAUGCAAGCCCACCACCGAACGAAGGUUUCGAUCCGGCCACGUACCACAUCGGACCGGACGAGGAUGAGCUGCGGGAUUUGGACCAGAUGCGUUUCGUUAUGCAUGCACCGAACGGGUAUUUCUUCAACCGCCAGCAUCCCUUCCCACGGCCAAACGUGUACGGACCGGUGAAACGAGAUGGGCGGUCGACGGAGGUGCCGGAGUACGAGUGGACAAACAUAUGUCAUCUGCACUACGGUGAACGUUCGGCACAUUGAAAUGGUAAUUUUAAGCUAGAGGAAACGAAGCGCACUAGUAGGUUAGGUACAGGUAAGAUUCGAUAAUUGGUUAACUUGUAAAACUGAACUGAUUGAGUUAGAAUUUUUUCGUGGCAUUAAAAUUUACUUUUUUAUCUUAGCUAACCAAUACAUCCUGCACAUAUUGUUCAUCCUUAAACAUUCAUUAUUGUAUAGAAAUUCGAGUUUCUGGAAUAAGAAAAUUAUAACGUGGUAACACGCUCUUCGUGAUA